ACUCGGGCCCGCCCGAAACAGGGCAGGCGACGGGUGUACUGGGAAGACUUGGCUGCUCGUCGCCGGUGCGCGUCGGCCUCGGUGGCGAGGGCUGCUGUUUACAAAGGACACAAAUUGUUUUACUACUUCUAGCUUUUUUCUAGUUUCUUCUAUAAAUCAAAACAUCUCAAAAUGGAGGCCUAAAACCCUUAAAAGGGACCUAGUCUAAUCUCGGGAGGUAGUUUUGUGCAUGAAAUAACAAAUUAAUAGUUAACUGAACUUUUGGUGUAGUAUCCAAAGAAUGUUAAUUUUUAAAAACCUAAUUAUAUGAACUGUAACUAUAAUGAUUUUUGAAUUUGAUUUGUAGAAGUAAAGAAGUUGGAAGAAAUGGUUGAAGCACUCUUUUCAAAGUUGGCUAGGCAAUCUCCUACUAAAUGCUGUUAGAGUAGAAAAAGUACCUGUGUUUGGUCAAAUUUAAAAAUGAGUGACAGUUACCAGGAACCAAGAGCUGAUAUUUCACUAUCUGCAAGAUUAGAGAAAUAUGCAAAUGAAGUAUUUGACAUAGACAAUGACAAAGAAUGUGAAAACCAAAACAUUUUAAUAAGUUCAACAAAUUUAGAGGAAAUAGGAAAGAUAAACAUGAUAACUGAUGAAGAAAUUAUCACGUAGAAGGCCACUGAUGUUUUAAAAGUCUAAAUUUAAGUUUUUUCAAAUAGUCUCUUAUCUCUGAGAAUGAUGAAGAUAAGAAUGAUGGCUAAAUGGUUACAUAUUUUUUUCAGAAAGGAAAUUUAUGUAAAGACAACUUUUUUUUUUUUAAAUAAUAAUGUGUAACAAUUUUGACUAUGGGAAGGCAUAGUGAAGUUGGUCACAGUAACUUUUGAGGAAAUAAUCAUUGGUAACAGUCUCUGAAGUUUCUUCUGCUACCUGGAAAUCCCAUUCAAAAAUAAGUCUUGAAGUCUACAUUAGAAAACACCAACAUCUGUGGGCUCAAAGAAACCAUACCUGCCAACCACUGGUAAAAAAACAAUCAUAGAGAUUACUAGUAUUAUUGACAGAUAACCUAUUUAUUAACAGCUUGUAUGUCAUAAUUGAAAACUUCUAAUUUUUGAGGUUUCUGUGAUAAUUUUUAGUUUGGUUUUUGUCAUGAUAAAUUCUGGCUCAAGGUACACUGUGAAAUAAUUUCUGACCCAAGACAAAUUUAUAUGAUUUGAUGAUUCAUCUUAGCAUAUAGACUUGGCAUUUUGUAACUUUUGAUUGUUUUAAAAAUUAAAUCCACUAUCCGAGAAAAUUUGAUGUAACCUGAAUAUAGCAAUGAACUUCAAUAUCAUUAUUGGUGAUUUGUGGCAGUCUCCAUUUUCAGCACCUUCUAUCUACCAUAAUUACCAAGGGUAAUUGGUUCUAGCCAAUUACAUCAUUAGAACAAAGAAAUGGUAACAUUGAGUUAUCUCAAUGGCAUGAAACUGGGUCCAAAAGACCAAAUAAGCAGAUACAUUAGUCUCUAAUGAUUUAUUUAAAAUAGAAUAUUUAAUUUUUUAAAAUUUCAUAACAUCACUAAGCAAAAAUGUUCCUGAUGGUCAAUGAGGAAGUAAUUAUUAUAUAAUAAAUAUUGAAAACAAGUUUUAGAUGGCAGUCCAUUCUGUUACUACUUAAUCUUCAGAGGGAAACUUCAGAUUUUUGUUCUACUUAUUAAAAUGAUCAUAAACGGAAGAACUACUUAAUUUGAGAAAGAUUUGGGAUAAACCAUAUUUCACUGAAUCUAAGAUGCCCUCACGUAUGAGUCAUACUAUUAUUUUAUGUAUGUCUAAGAAAUAAAAAUGUUGCUAACUAAAAUAUGCCAUUGAUUUAAACUACCUCUUUAUAACAGAUAUCAAAGCAAGUAUCUUUAAUUAAAUCAAUGACCUAUGGUAAUGUAAUCUUCCUGUGAGAUAUGAGAUCGAUCUUGUGCUAUUUUUUUUUUUGCUACCAAAUGUUACAAUUUCCAAACAAAACAAAACAAACAUACACUGAAUAUUUUUGUGUGUGAUGCUUAUGGAGCAUAGCUUUCUACCAUGAAAAGAAGCUAGCAUUAUGAGGCAGACACUUCUGCAGGUUGGUGAAGGCCACUGCUGUACCUUGGUGGUCUGCAAAAGCUGACCUAGGUGUAGAGGUGCUUCCUGAUAAUCUAAAACACUUUAUGCCUCUAGGAAGGAUUUUAAUUUUGUCACAGGUUACUAUGUAACAUCUUAUUUACAUUGUAUGUAUACAGGUUAUACAAAGAUGCGGUUGUAACUGUCCCUUAAUAUGCAUCAGUGUAGAAUUUAGACUCUCUCCAUGCUGAAACCCUAAAUGCAUAGAAGAAAGAAUGAAAGAAUUCUCAUUUUAGAUGUUCCACCUAGAAGUAAAACUGAUAAAAAAAAAAAAAAAAAACAUGCACAAAACUACCUCCCCAGAGAAAGGCUGGUCCCUUUUCCUCCUCAUCCAUUUCGUUAUGAACAUAGUAGAAAAUAGCAUCUUCUUAUCAAAUUUGAUGAAGAAUGCCAACUCGUUUAAAAUGAAGUACGACUUUUCAUGUGAACUGUAUCGGAUGUCCACAUAUUCGACUUUCCCCUCAGGGGUUCCCGUCUCUGAAAGAAGUCUUGCUCGUGCUGGUUUCUAUUACACUGGUGUGAAAGACAAGGUCAAAUGCUUCUGUUGUGGCCUGAUGCUGGAUAACUGGAAACAAGGAGACAAUCCUAUCGAAAAGCAUAAAAAACUGUAUCCUAGCUGCAGCUUUGUUCAGAAUCUAAAUUCAGUUAACAAUUCGAAAGCUACUUCUCAGCCUUCUUUUUCUUCUUCAGUAACAAAUUCCACACAUUCAUUACUUCCAAGUUUGGAAAACAGUGGAUAUUUUACUGGCUCUUAUUCAAGCUUUCUAUCAAAUCCUGUCAACUCCAGAGCAAAUCAAGAUUUUUCUGCCUUGAGAAUAAAUCCCUACCAUUGUUCAAUGAAUACUGAAAAGGCCAGAUUACUCACUUAUCAGAUGUGGCCAUUGACCUUUCUGUCACCUACAGAACUAGCCAAAGCAGGCUUUUACUACAUAGGGCCUGGAGACAGAGUGGCUUGCUUUGCCUGUGGUGGAAAAUUGAGUAAUUGGGAACCAAAGGACGAUGCUAUGUCAGAACACCUAAGACAUUUUCCCAACUGCCCGUUUGUAGAAAAUCAGUUUCAAGAUACUUCAAGAUACACCGUUUCUAAUCUGAGCAUGCAGACACAUGCAGCCCGCUUUAAAACGUUCUUUAACUGGCCUUCCAGUGUUCUGGUUCAUCCUGAGCAACUUGCAAGUGCAGGUUUUUAUUAUGUGGGUCACAGUGAUGAUGUCAAAUGCUUUUGCUGUGAUGGUGGACUGAGGUGUUGGGAGUUGGGAGAUGAUCCAUGGGUGGAACAUGCCAAGUGGUUUCCAAGGUGUGAGUACUUGAUAAGAAUUAAAGGACAAGAAUUCGUCAAUCAAGUUCAAGCCAGUUAUCCCCAUCUCCUUGAACAGCUGUUAUCCACAUCAGAUACCCCAGAAGAAGAAAAUGCAGAGUCACCAAUUGUUCAUUUUGGACCUGGAGAAAACCAUUCAGAAGAUGCUGUCAUGAUGAAUACACCUGUGGUUAAAGCUGCUUUGGAAAUGGGCUUCAGUAGAAACCUGGUAAAACAGACAGUUCAGAGUAAAAUCCUAACCGCUGGAGAGAAUUAUAAAACCAUCAGUGAUCUUGUAUUAGAUUUGCUUAAUGCAGAAGAUGAAAUAAGGGAAGAGGAAAAAGAAAGAGCAACUGAGGAAAAAGAAUCAGGAGAUCUAUUAUUAAUUCGGAAGAAUAGAAUGGCACUUUUCCAACAUCUGACUUGUGUAAUUCCAAUUCUGGAUAGUCUACUAACAGCCAGAGUGAUUAAUGAACAAGAGCAUGAUGUAAUUAAGCAGAAAACACAGACUUCUUUACAAGCAAGAGAACUGAUUGACACCAUUUUAGUAAAAGGAAAUACCGCAGCCACUGUAUUCAAAAACUCUCUACAAGAAACUGACCCUAUGUUAUACAAGCAUUUAUUUGUGCAACAGGACAUAAGGUGUAUUCGCACAGAAGAUACUUCAGAUCUACCAAUGGAAGAACAAUUGCGGAGACUACAAGAAGAAAGAACAUGUAAAGUGUGCAUGGACAAAGAAGUGUCCAUAGUGUUCAUUCCUUGUGGUCAUCUAGUAGUAUGCAAAGAUUGUGCCCCUUCUCUAAGAAAAUGUCCGAUUUGUAGGGGUACCAUCAAGGGUACAGUUCGUACAUUUCUUUCAUGAAGAAGGUCCAAAACUUUUGUCUAAACUCUGGAAUUAAGUAUAUUAUGAUUUUAACUUUUACAUUCAUUUGCUUUCCUUAAAUUUAUUUAUUUAUUUGCAACUUGAAAAAUUUUGUUUUAUAUAAAUAUGUUUAUGUAAAUAUAUACCUAAAAUACACAAACAAUAACAAGAGAAUGAUGGGCUUUUGUUCAUGGAAACAAAAAAUAUGAAUAGCACUACAAACAUAAUAAUAAAGUUUCAGCAUCAUUGAAAUUAUAAAUGAAGUAAUAUUUAAGAUAUAUAUUUGUCAAAUGACUUUUUUUUACGGACAUGGCAUUUUUGCAAAUAAUUUUAUGAGGAACAAUUUAAUAAAGCAAUGAAAAUUACUCUUAUUCUUGGUAUCUUGAUUUCUAUGAAAUUGGAUAGUUCAGUCACUCCAGAUUCUUUCUGUACCUCUUUAAGGCCUUUUGAAUGUUGGACUGAGGUCUAGUUCCCUUCUGGAAAGAUGCUUCUUCAUUUAUACUUGUAGAGCACAGUAUAAAUGUCCUUUUUUUUUCUGUAGGAUAUUAUGGGAUGCUUUAGACAAAAGUCAAGCAGUCCCCUCAGUAAGUUUGUUUUUUCACUUGCUUAUUGAUUCACCUAGGAAGUCAUGUGUGCCAGUCCUACCCACUGGGAGAAGACUUUUUUUUUUUG